CCCAUGCGUCCCAUCCCACCCACCCCGUCGAUGGCCUUGCCGGCGCGCGCUUCUGUCUCGAUGCGAAGCCCAGCCCAACCAUUCGACACCCCCAUGUCGGUGCGUCAGGCAGGGUGAAUGGGCCAAGAAAAGACGGAAUUGGAACCAGUUUAUUUCUCUCCCCGCCAACCCUGUGGUUCCUUUUCUUUCUGUUGGCGUGCCUCCACUCGCUUGCCAUCAUCCCUCUCGCUCAGCGCGCCUCACUUCACAAGCCCAUGGCAGCAGUUUGUUGACCGUGAAGUGAUGAACCGCACAGUCUCCAGUUAUAGACAGUAGCUCGCCAGCUUCAGCUCGAAGCAAGGCUACAUUCGUCUUCUCUGCUGCAGUCGACCCUUAUCAACAAAUCACAAUUAGCUGAAUCGCAGGCACCCCUCUGGCCUCCUCGUUGAGUGCUGUCCGUUCGCUAUAUCAAAUACGUCCACGCUGCUUGUUGUGGUGUGACGGCCCACUGUCGUUACUUUUAAGACUCGGUCGAUUCCCUCGUUACCCAACACACCGCGCAUCUCAUAUCAACUUCCGAGCUCGGAAGCGACCCAAGUGACAGGUCAUACUGCAGCCUUGACCGUCACUCAUCAUGGGACUCGGCAGCUACUUCAAGGCUGACAAGCCUGCAGCAUCCUCCCCAACUUCAUCUCCAUCGACGCCCGCUGCAGUGUCAAGGUCCGGCAAGCUAUCUGCCCCUCAACCGAGCCAUUUGCGGCCUUCGGGGCGAUCGCCGAGUAGCAAUGGAGAGAAGAGCGGAGCCGACGGCGGCAACGAUUAUGAGCUGCAGCCGCCGUCUACGCGCUUCAACUCCCGGCCGGCCAGUCUUUCGGCUCGGUCGUAUAGGUCCAACAAUAGCUCCCUCAUCGUCGAGGACAUCAAGCACGAGGUCAUGGUCAACUACAUGUACCAGCAACAGUGCUCCCAGCUCUGGGUCUCUGACGGCAGCGGCGAGGUUGAGGGCGUGCUCCUUCGCAAAUCCAAGGGGCAUUACAUGGCUUGCCCGCCACAAUUAGGCACCUCACCAUUCGCAGUUGCUUGCGCGGCGCUCAAUGUUCAGUGCGCCAUGACUGUCAACUCCAGGGUCAUCAGGACAUUUCUGCAGUGGAUGCCCGACGCAGUUGACGUGCCGUUGAUGAACGGUCUUCGGGUGCAGAUCUUGCCGACCAUUGAAGACCUUCCACGCGCAAGGAAGCAUCAGUUCGCUGCCUUUGUAGCCUCGGAGGGGCUGCUUGUGGUCUGGGAUGAUGAUGCCCUCCACCUGAUCCAGAGGGCAAAGCAGAUUGAAGCUGAGCUGAUGGAGCUGGUCUGGAAGGCCGGUAAUGAAGAUGAAGAUGACGAGAAGAAGGGAGGUGGAGAGGUGGCCGAGUACGAGAUUGACGAGGAGAGCGGCGAGAUCAAGCCCGAGAAGCGGCCAGUUCACCUCUUGAACAGCUGGCUCGUGUGCUUCACUCUGGUCCUGGUCACAGUUUCGCUCGGUGCUGCGUGGAGAGAACUCACAAUCCAGGUCCUGGUCGACGGCAGCUACAUCCGUCUGGCCCUCGUUGGACUUGCUCCUCUGCAGAUCUUCUUCACUCUUUUCUUCGCCCAGGUCAUUGUCGGUUGCUUGGCACAGAUAUUUGGCCCUGUCCGACAGCUAACCAUCAACUCCAAGUUUUACUCGGCUCGCACGCCUCCGAGACUGCAGACCGCCAACCUUCCUCACGUCACCGUCCAGUGCCCCGUGUACAAGGAGGGUCUUCAGGGUGUCAUCAUGCCAACGGUCAAGUCCAUCAAGCAGGCCAUGUCGACCUAUGAGCUCCAAGGCGGGUCAGCCAACAUGUUCGUCAACGAUGAUGGUCUGCAGCUCAUCACGGAGGAGGAGCGUCAUGCCCGUAUCGACUUUUACGCCGACAACAGCAUCGGCUGGGUGGCGCGGCCCAAGCAUGGUGAGAACGGCUUCUUGAGACGCGGCAAGUUCAAGAAGGCGUCAAACAUGAACUUUGCCCUGAUGAUCUCGUGCAAGGUCGAGGAAGAAUUGGAAAAGGUCCAGCGUGGCCCUGAGUGGACACAGCACGAUGAGGCUCAGGCUUACGAACAUGCUCUGAAGGAAGUUCUGGAAAAGGAUGGUCGUGCCUGGGCUGAUGGCAACAUCCGUGUCGGUGACUACAUCCUCAUCAUUGACUCCGACACCCGUGUCCCAGCCGACUGCCUUCUCGAUGCUGUCUCUGAGAUGGAGCAAUCACCCGACGUCGGCAUCAUGCAGUUCUCUUCGGGCGUCAUGCAGGUUGUUCACACGUACUUUGAGAACGGCAUUACCUUCUUCACCAACUUGAUCUACUCGGCUAUCAGAUACACCGUCUCCAACGGCGACGUGGCGCCCUUUGUCGGCCACAAUGCCAUCCUCCGCUGGUCCGCAAUUCAGCAGGUCUCGUACGAGGAUGAGGACGGAUACGAAAAGUUUUGGUCCGAGAGCCACGUGUCUGAAGACUUUGACAUGUCGCUCCGGUUGCAGUGCGCCGGGUACAUCAUCCGCUUGGCGGCUUGGGCCGGCGAAGGCUUCAAGGAAGGUGUAUCGCUCACCGUGUACGACGAGCUUGCGCGGUGGGAGAAGUACGCCUAUGGCUGCAACGAGCUGUUGUUCCACCCGAUCCGCAAGUGGCUGUGGAAAGGUCCCUUUACUCCGCUGUUCCGCCGCUUCCUCUUCAGCAACAUCCGCUUCACGUCCAAGAUCACCGUCAUCUCGUACAUUGGAACUUACUACGCUAUCGGUGCGGCUUGGAUCAUGACAUGUGUCAACUACUUCCUGAUGGGCUGGUUCAACGGGUACUUGGACAAGUACUACGUCGACAGCUGGAAGGUCUGGUUCUCGAUCAUCAUCGUCUUCAACGGACUCGGCAACGUUGCGCUUGCUCUGAUGCGAUACAGGCUGGGCGAGCGCAGCCUUUUGUACGCAUUCUUUGAGAACUUCAAGUGGACUUUGAUGUUGGCCAUCUUCUUGGGUGGUCUGUCGCUUCACGUAUCCCAGGCGCUGCUGGCGCACAUGUUUGAGAUCAACAUGACAUGGGGUGCAACUUCCAAGGAGGCCGAGUUUUCGAACUUCUUCAUUGAGGUCCCCAAGGUUUUGAAGAAGUUUAAAUUCUCCAUGAUAUUCUCGACCGUCUUCAUCGUCGGCAUGGUGAUACUCGCCGUCGCGCCCUUUGUGCCGCACGACUGGCGCAUCACCGACUUUGUGGCUAUUCUGCCCAUGGCUACGAUCGCAGCCUCGCACUUUUUGCUGCCGCUGGCCCUCAACCCUGCCCUUAUGACGUUCUCGUGGUAAUUGCGGACGCGGGUUGAGAUGACCAGAUGGUGCACGACUUGGAUUGGUAGGAGUAACCUUGGUUUUCUCCCAGUGAUCUAUCUAUCUAUGCCAUGUUUACUUGGCUGUUGUGCCUUGCAAUCAGCAGCGCUUUCUCUAAAAUAUCGUUUCUGUUUUCUUUUUGGGUAUCUAAAUUUUUGCGAGUUUCUUUGCUCUAAUAGCUCUAGAGAUACAGUACAGGCUUAGGCUGGGAUGGGUUUAGACAUAUACAUGAACAAUACUUAACGAGACCAUGAGCAUACUUGUACUUCUUUUUUCCUGGGCUGGCAUGUGAUACGAGGCCUGAUGUGCGACACUUG